AUGAGGCUGCAGGCCUUCUCCUGGCCGACAGAUGGCGAUGUUGCACCGCGCCUGAGCUCACCCGUUCGCUCCACGGACCUCAGGGGGAGGCAGCCAAGAUAUAACCCCCUUGUCCGUCUUUCCCUCCCAGGCCUGGCGCUGCUGCUGCCCCCCGCCACUCUGGCCGCCCUGGCAGACAGCUGGCUCCGAGAGGACUGCCCCGGUCCCAACCACGCAGCCCUGGUCACGGGCGCAGCCCCCUCGCAGGCGGUGCUGUGGGCCAAGUCCCCCGGGGUACUGGCUGGGAGGCCCUUCUUCGAUGCCAUCUUUGCCCAAGUCAACUGCCAGGUCUCCUGGUUCCUCCCCGAGGGCACAAAGCUGGUGCCCGUGGCCAGGGUGGCCGAGGUCCGGGGCCCCGCGCACUGCCUGCUGCUGGGGGAGCGGGUGGCCCUGAACACGCUGGCGCGCUGCAGUGGGGUGGCCAGCGCCGCCGCCGCCGCCGUGGAGGCCGCCCGGGCUGCGGGCUGGACCGGGCACGUGGCGGGCACAAGGAAGACCACGCCCGGCUUCCGGCUGGCGGAGAAGUACGGGCUCCUGGUGGGCGGGGCCGCCGCUCACCGCUAUGACCUCGGAGGGCUGGUGAUGGUGAAGGACAACCACGUGGUGGCGGCGGGUGGCGUGGAAAAGGCGGUGCGAGGGGCGCGGCAGGUGGCUGACUUCGCCCUAAAGGUGGAGGUGGAGUGCGGCAGUCUGCAGGAGGCUGUGGAGGCCGCCGAGGCGGGAGCGGACCUCGUCCUGCUGGACAACUUCAAGCCUGAGGAGCUGCACCCCACGGCCGCAGCGCUGAAGGCCCGCUUCCCCGGUGUGGGUGUGGAGGCCAGCGGGGGCAUCACGUUGGACAACCUCCCUCAGUUCUGUGGGCCUCACAUCGACGUCAUCUCUCUGGGGAUGCUGACCCAGGCUGCCCCCGCCCUUGAUUUCUCCCUCAAGCUGUUUGCUGAAGGGACUUCGCCAGUGUACCGGGCCUACAGGUCCUAAAGCCAAAGAGGACACCACCGCCCAUGGAAUAACACGGUUUCUUGGGACCCUCAAGGUUGCCCCUGUUUAAAUAUGGUACAUGACUCUGUCCGGGUUAGCCUGGGCGGGGGUCUGGCUCGGCCACCUACUGCUCAUGUGAGCUGGGGGCCUGACUUCA